AGCGGCGGCGGCGAGGAGAUAGCGCCUGCCUUCUGGAGAGCUGACGGAACACUAAGGAUGCUGAAGUUCCGAACAAUCCACGGGGGCCUGAGACUCCUGGGUAUCCGCCGAACCUCCACCGCCCCCGCUGCCUCCCCAAAUGUCCGGCGCCUGGAGUACAAGCCCAUCAAGAAAGUCAUGGUGGCCAAUAGGGGCGAGAUUGCCAUCCGCGUGUUCCGGGCCUGUACGGAGCUCGGCAUCCGCACCGUGGCUGUCUACUCAGAGCAGGACACGGGCCAGAUGCACCGGCAAAAGGCAGACGAAGCCUACCUCAUCGGCCGCGGCCUGGCCCCUGUGCAGGCCUACCUGCACAUUCCCGACAUCAUCAAGGUGGCCAAGGAGAACAAUGUGGAUGCGGUGCACCCUGGCUAUGGGUUCCUCUCUGAGCGAGCGGAUUUCGCACAAGCCUGCCAGGAUGCUGGGGUCCGGUUCAUCGGGCCGAGUCCAGAAGUGGUCCGCAAGAUGGGAGACAAGGUGGAGGCUCGGGCCAUCGCCAUCGCCGCAGGUGUCCCUGUCGUCCCCGGCACAGAUGCCCCCAUCACGUCCCUGCACGAGGCCCAUGAGUUCUCCAACACCUACGGCUUCCCCAUUAUCUUCAAGGCCGCCUAUGGGGGCGGAGGCCGUGGCAUGAGAGUCGUGCACAGCUACGAGGAGCUGGAGGAGAAUUACACGCGAGCCUACUCGGAGGCCCUGGCCGCCUUCGGGAACGGGGCACUGUUUGUGGAGAAGUUUAUUGAGAAGCCACGCCACAUCGAGGUGCAGAUCCUGGGGGACCAGUAUGGGAACAUUCUGCACCUGUACGAGCGAGACUGUUCCAUCCAGCGGCGGCACCAGAAGGUGGUCGAGAUUGCCCCCGCUGCCCAUCUGGACCCCCAGCUUCGGACGCGGCUCACCAGCGACUCUGUCAAACUUGCUAAGCAGGUGGGCUACGAGAACGCGGGCACCGUGGAGUUCCUGGUGGACAAGCAUGGCAAGCACUAUUUCAUCGAGGUCAACUCCCGCCUGCAGGUGGAACACACCGUCACCGAGGAGAUCACAGAUGUAGACCUGGUCCACGCCCAGAUCCACGUGACCGAGGGCAGGAGCUUGCCCGACCUGGGCCUGCGGCAGGAGAACAUCCGCAUCAACGGCUGCGCCAUCCAGUGCCGGGUCACCACCGAGGACCCUGCGCGCAGCUUCCAGCCGGACACGGGCCGCAUCGAGGUGUUCCGGAGUGGGGAGGGCAUGGGCAUCCGCCUGGAUAACGCGUCUGCCUUCCAAGGAGCUGUCAUCUCGCCUCACUAUGACUCCCUGCUGGUCAAGGUCAUCGCCCACGGCAAAGACCACCCCACGGCCGCCACCAAGAUGAGCAGAGCCCUUGCUGAGUUCCGCGUCCGAGGUGUGAAG